GGCAGAGCCACUAUAGCAUUAAGUCUUUUUCAGAAAUCGGUAUAAGAAGGGGUCAAGUGUGGUGGGUUUCACAAAUGGCGGGAGUAAGCAGGAAAAAUAUAUCUGCAAGGUCUCAUACCAGAAAAUCAAAGCAGCACUCAUUCCAAGUUUCAUCAGGAAUGUUUCGGACGAUAUCAUUAGUUCUGUUGAUGGGAUUUAUGGCAUGGGUUUAUCAAACCGUUCUGCCUCCACCACCCAAGAUUGUUGGUUCUCCGGGCGGCCCACCUGUUACAGCAUCAAGAGUAAAGCUCAGUGAUGGAAGAUAUUUAGCUUACAAAGAACAUGGGGUGUCGAAAGAUCAAGCGAAAUAUAAGAUUAUCUACAUUCAUGGGUUCGAUUCCUGCAGACUUGAUUACAUGCCCUUAACUCAAGAACUGGCUAAAGAACUAGGCAUCUAUAUGGUGUCUUUUGAUAGAGCUGGGUAUUGCGAGAGUGAUGCAAAUCCAAAACGAACUGAGAAAAGUACAGCUUUGGAUGUUGAACAGCUUGCUGAUCAAUUGGGUCUUGGUUCCAAAUUUUACAUAAUUGGAUUCUCUAUGGGAGGACAGGCAACUUGGGGUUGCCUUAAGUACAUCCCUCAUCGAUUAUCAGGUGCAGCGCUACUAGCCCCUGUUGUCAAUUACUGGUGGGCAGGCUUUCCAGCUAAUGUAUCAAAAGAAGGCUACAGUGAACAACUUGUACAGGACCAAUGGGCACUUCGGGUAGUUCAUUACGCCCCAUUACUCACGUACUGGUGGAACACUCAGAAAUGGUUUCCUCCUUCUAGUGCAGUUGCCCACAAUCCUGCUAUUUUUUCUCGCCAAGAUAAAGAAAUCUUGCCCAAGUUGGCCGAGUGGACAAAACAUGCGGCACAAAUAAGGCAGCAAGGUGAUUUUGAGUCUCUCCAUCGUGAUUUGAUGGUCGGGUUCGGAAGUUGGGAGUUUGAUCCUAUGAGUGAUAUUGAGAACCCUUUUCAGAACAACGAGGGUAGUGUUCACGUCUGGCAAGGAGAUGAAGAUUUGCUUGUGCCUGCUUCCCUUCAACGAUACGUCGCAGGAAAGCUUCCAUGGGUUCAUUACCACGAGCUUACGGGUGCAGGGCAUAUGUUCCCUUUUGGUGAUGGUAUGAGUGAUGCCAUCUUAAAGGCACUCUUGCUUGGAGAGAAGUAGAUAUAACAGCUAGUUGAAAUCAUAGCACUUUUUAUUCUGGUUUAAUGUGACACUCUCUCAACCUUUGGACGAAAUUUUCCAGUUUUAAAUAAUUUUUUCAAGUUAGUCUUAGUUUUUGCCCAA